AUGGCAGACUCCUACAACCCCAACGGAUAUCCACCACCGGGAAACGGGCGUAGUAACUAUCCGCCUCCCCCGCAACCCUCGGGAUACGAUGGUCAACAAGGUGGCCAAGGUUAUGGUUCCCCAGCUCCACCAAGUUCGUAUGGAGGGUAUCAGCCUCCUCGCGAGGACCAGUACAGAUAUUCGCCCCGCUCCUCUGGUAUGCAAGUAAGCAAGUACGCCGGCGACAACGACUACGAGUAUCGCGAACGUCGCAACUCGGGCCCAUAUGCUGCUAGCCAGUAUCGCGGAAGUGAGACAGGAUAUUAUUCCCAGUACGAUGAUCGCACUAGCUCUCGAGGAUCGAGACGGGAGAGAGAAAGGUCAAGAGAACAAUCCAGAGAGCGUGGAGAAAAGCAUGGCCAUCAUGAGGCCGAGAAAUCUGUCGGGGCCACCCUUCUUGGUGGCGCUGUUGGUGGAUGGGCGGGCCACGAACUUGGCCAGAGCAACAGCCUCGUAACAGUUGCUGGGGCGCUCGCGGGCGCAUAUGCCGGACACAAGUUGGAAGAAAAGCGUGAAAAGAAGAAGAGAGACAAGGAGCGCCGAGAGAGUGGGAGUAUGGGAUAUGGAGGUUACUAUGACGAUGCACGUCGUAGUAGCCGAAGUACUUCUCGCAGAAGAUCAAGAAGCCGGAGGAGCGAAAGUAGCAGCAGCCGUUCCAGCGAUGAGGACAGGCACAGACAUCGCCAUCGCUACUAA